AUGGCGGUGAAAUUUGUCACGUCUACAAAAAGCUUGGUGCUUCGGUAUUGGCCCAAAUGCAGCACCCCUCCUGUUGCCGCACGCUACCUGAAUUCCCCUACCCAUCCGAUCCGGCCCAAAAUUGUCGAUCUCUGCGGACAUCGUGAAAGAAACACAUUAUGGUGGCGGGUUUCGGUGACACAGCUCCAGCAAAGCAAGCGGGUGGUUCGCUCCUGGUGCGCGCGCAGAGUACGAAUCGCUGUCGAGCAGGCUUUGAGACAGCAAGGAUUGGAUAAGGUGGGGAACCCGCUCGUUUCUGAGUCUCCUUUGAGGAAAAAAUUGUCAGGAACCAUGGACAUCUACAUUCAGCCGCCGUGUGUGACAGAUGACUUCGAGAGAGUCCAGAAGGAUGCACAUCAUCUAAUAUCCUUGCUUCUGGAUCACGAAUCACCACGGAAAUAA